CCCGGCUCAUAUCACCACCAGCAUCCCCAGCUGCGGCAGAUGCCGCUCGGGUGCUGCCCGGAGGCGACAGCUAAUGGUGACUCCCACGGGAACGCGGAGCCGUCAGCGGGCAUUAGUGAUGGUGGCGAUGGUGGCAGAUGUUGCUUUUUCAGCGACACACGAGCAGGAGAGGCGCCUCCUCGCCAGGGCAACCCCCGUCCGCACACCUCAGCAGCCCCGAUGCGAAGCGCAGGGCUUUCCCCCGCCGAGGAGCGCGGCAGGCCAGCCCCGGCUCCGCGGGAAGGGCAGGCGCCCGGCCGGGGCGGCUCCGCAGCGCGGGCACGCCCGCAGCGCAGCCCCAACCCCAGCCGCGCCGAGCCGGGCCCGCCCCGGGGAGGCCGGGAAGGGCGGCGGGGCGGGGCCGGGCCGGACGGGGCAGUGCCGGGCCGAGCCGCGCCGAGCCGAGCCGCGAUGGAGGGCUCCGAGGCGGCCAGCUUGCUGGGGGAGAGCAGCCCGGGGCCGCCGGCCCGGUUCAAGACGUACCGGCGGCGGUGGUUCCUGCUGGCCGUCGUGUGCCUGCUGAACUGCUCCAACGCCAUGCUGUGGCUGACAUUUGCUCCUGUGGCUGAUAAGACAGCUGCUUACUUCCAGAUUUCCCUGGAGACGGUCAACUGGCUCUCAAUGGUGUACCUCCUCAUCUCGAUCCCAUUUGGCCUGGUGGCAACAUGGGUCCUUGACAGCGUGGGGCUCCGCUGUGCUGUGGUCCUGAGUGCGUGGCUGAACAUGGUUGGUAGCAUCACCCGGAUGUUCAGCGUUCUGAAGUUUCUGAGCUUGGGUUCCCAGAAUUACUGGUACCUGUUUGUUGGACAGUGCUUCUCUGCAUUAGCACAGCCUCUUAUCAUCUUUUCACCAACAAAGCUGGCAGCACUAUGGUUCCCAGACCACCAGAGAGCAACAGCAAAUAUGAUUGCGUCAAUGUCCAAUCCCUUGGGCAUUCUUAUAGCAAACUUGUUGUCCCCGGCACUAGUUCCUGAAGGAAAGCACAUUCCAUUGAUGCUGGGUAUUUAUGCUGUCCCAGCAGUAACAGCCUGUGCUCUAGCAACUCUGGGGAUUCACGAGAAGGUCCCGCCAACACCUCCAUCAGCCAGUGCCACCAACUCCAACUCACAGCCGUUCUUCACAGGGCUCAAAAUGCUCCUGAGAAACAAGCCAUACAUCAUCCUGGCAGUGUGUUUUGGAGGAGGAAUUGGGAUGUUCACCUGCUUUUCAGCUCUGCUAGAACAGAUCCUUUGUGAAAAGGGAUAUUCAAAUGAUUUUGCUGGCCUGAAUGGUGCACUGUUCACAGUCUGUGGUUUGUUGGGUGCUUUCCUGCUAGGCAUGUAUGUCGACCGGACAAGGAAGUUCAUAGAGUCCACCAAGAUCAGUUUCUGUCUGAGUGCACUUGCCAGCAUCAUGUUCGCAGUGACUUCUCGAUUCAGACAUCAGGCCAUCAUGUUGGCCAUCACCAGUUCACUCUUCGGUUUCUUUGGUUUUGCUAUCUACCCCAUUGCCAUGGAGCUGGCUGUGGAGUGCUCCUACCCUGUAGGAGAGGGCACAUCUACAGGCCUGAUUUUUGUUGCAAGCCAGAUUGAGGGUGUGAUUUUAAUGAUUCUUCUACAAGCUCUCACUGUCCAUGUUUCUGAGGAUCCAUUUUCCACCUGUGCCCUUGAUGAGGAUGGAGCCCUGGACUGGACAACUCCGGUACUGGUGCUGGCUGGCCUCUGCAGUGGUAUGGCUUGUUUCUACGUGAUCUUCUUCCACACUGACUACAAGCGGCUCCAUGCUGAGACAAUCAGUGCUGAUUUGGUCAAGGCAGAAGAUGCAGUGACAGCACAUGUUUCUGAAUCCUAAACUGACCAAAAGGGGAUGCCAAGGGUCAGGACUCAGACUAGUGGGCAUGGACCAAUCCUGAGCUGGUACACUGGGAUAUCUGUGUCAUGUUGCACAGUAAGCAAGGACUAGAGCAAAUAGCACCUUUGCUGUGCAUCUCAGUCUUGUGUUUAUUUGGGGAUCUGGGCUGUUAAGAAAGGUUAUCCUUCUAGAAAGGUCAAAGUGGCAAUGGACAACUAUGUUCUUAACUAAAAUUUUUAGCCAACUUGAUUCAACCUAAAGAAAUGCCAUAGUGGAGGGUAGCAUUGUAUUUCAGCCAUUUUUAAAUUUUCAUGUACGUGGAUCAAGGGUGAAGGUUUCAGAAAGAUGGAAGCUGUGCCUACCACAAACCCAGUGGAAAACAUCUAUUUAAGGACUGUGGUAUAGCAUAACAACUCUUCCACUCGUGUUGGAGCUAAUUGUGCCUUUUAGCUAAAGGGCAGUAGAAACUAGAGCAUCCUUCCAUUCCUAUGGGGAUAUGUAAGUAUGUGAUCUGUAAUACAAGUCUGUUACAAUGAGUCACUUUGUCUUCUACAAAAAAAAAAGCCUUCCCUGUAGUGCUGCCUAUAAAAGAAAAUAUCAGUAAGCAGCAGAAGUUAAAUACAGCAGCAUUUCUCACCCCUCUGCUACUCUGCUAAAUGCUGAGACAUUCAGGAUUAGCUUGUUUCACUUGGGAUUCUGUUUCUUCACCUCUUUUGCAGUUUCAGUGGUUUAAGUUUUCCACAAGAAGACAAACUUGCUGGUUUAGUAUUAAACUAAUGUGAUGCUCUCCUAUCGAGCAUCACUCCUUGGGGAAUGACACUGUAGUGCCUGGCAUGAUAGAAGCUGGCAAAAGAACUGGCAAAGGUGACACUUUAGUGCAGGGACUUGUCAUAAGUUUCUGCAGGUGACAGAGGCUUUGGGGAGGAGAGCAAGUAAGAAACAACAUCAAAAAACACCUGUUCUCUCUGCACCUGACAUUUGUUCUUUAGUGUUAGAUGAGACAGGAAGUGACACAAAAGAUCCCUUCUGGAGUUCAGUUACACUGACAAUUACAAUGGGUACAACUGUAUUUUUACAUUUUACAGCACUUCCACAGCAGUGUAAUGUCCUGCUUUGAGUUCAGGUCUAGGUGUACUAUCUGAGAAAUUCUUACUUUAUAACACUUAAAAAAAAAAAUUUGAUAGUUGGGAUUUCAUGAUGCUUCAUGUGAUACGUAUUUCAAGGGAAUCUGAGUAGUUGCUGAUUAAGGGACCCUGAUGCAAAUUGAAUCUGUGACUAGCUUCAUCCAGUCCAGCUAGGAGACAAUCCCAAUGCCAAGAACACACUGUGCCUGGGGAAAAUUGUACAAAGGAGCUCUCUCAGUGUCUAAAUUCUCUCCUCCAUUAGCAACUGGAAGGCUCUCCCUUUGUUAAACAUGUUUGCAUGCUUCUAAGGAGCCUGCUUGUUCCUACAGCCCCAGCUGUGCUCUCACUAGUAAGCACUGAUGUUUGUCAAAAGGAGCAUGAAAGAAGUCUGAAACUAAAGUGAAACAAGAUUGUUUAAACCUGUCAGAGGAAUGAGACAGCUGUCUUUUGCAAAACUAGCUGGUCAGUUCUGCAGCCCUGGAACUAACAUACCAAACAGAUUAACGCCAAAUUUACCUUCCACUUCUGAAUUCCACUGUACUGGGAAGCAAGAAGCACUUGAUAUUUUAUAAUUUUAUAUAUUUACAAAUGUUUAUUUUUUUUUUAAUAAAGGGUGGUUUAAGAAAGGAUUA